AUGAAGGGCGCUUUCUUGACCGCCGCGGCGGCUCUUAUGGGCUCUGCCCUCGCCGAUGGCCACAUGCGCCGUCACGGCCAUGAGGCCUUCCACCACCGCCGUGCUAUGGGAACCGGCCUCGUCGACGCUGCUGAGGAGACCUGUGGCUGUACCACCAAGGUGAUCACCUACUACGGAUCCCCCACCUUGGUCCCUGUCUCUGCUACCUCGGCCGCAAUCCCCUCCUCUGCCGCAAUCCCCUCCUCUGCCGCCGCUGUCUCUGUCUCCCCCAGCCCGACCCCCUCGAGCAGCCCGGUCACCACCAGCAAGGUCACCACCACCCAGAGCUCGACCAGCUACAGCACCGUCACCGUCGAGGCCAGCUCUUCCCCUGCGCCUGCUCCCGCCAGCGUUGCGCCGACUAGCUCUGCUGUUGAGCUCCCGACCCCCUCUGUGACCGUGUUCCCCAGCACUGGUACCUUCACCAUCCCCGCGACCACCAUCACGGUCCAGGACACUACCACCGUCUGCGGUGCCACGUCCACCUCCGUCCCCAGCGGUACUCACACUCUCGGUGGUGUCACGACUAUUGUCGAGACCUCUACCGUUGUGACCUGCCCGUAUGCCACCGUUAAGCCCACUGGCAGCACCGUGACCAGCGUCAUUGAGACCACGACCUACACCUGCCCGGCUGCUGGUACCUACACCGUCGUCCCUCCGUUCACCACCACUGUCCCCUCCAGCACCGUCAUCGUCUACCCGACCCCUGCUACCAUCACUCCUGGUACCUACCCUCGUCCUGCCCAGAUCGUGACCGUCACUGAGACCGACUACACCUACACCUGCCCCUUCGACACUGGUCUCCCCAGCAGCACCCCCGCCGUGACCCCCUCCUCUGUGCCCGCUGUCGCGACCUCCAGCCCCGUUUCCGGUGUCGCUGCCGUUCUCACCUCUUCCAGCCCCAGCCCGGUCUCUGUCACUCCCAGCUCUGUCGCCUCUAGCUCCGUUGCCUCUGCUACUCCGUCCGCUUCCUCCGGCAGCAGCAGCAACCGCUAUGCUAUCGUCUACGGUAUCUACACCAACGACAGCGGCUGCAAGACCCAGGACACCAUCAACCAGGAAAUUGCCGAUAUUGCCAAGAAGGGCUUCUCUGCUGUCCGUGUCUACUCCACUGACUGCAACACCCUUCAGUACGUCGGCCAAGCCGCUCGUCAGAACGCCCUCAAGAUGAUCACUGGUGUCUACAUUGCCAGCAGCGACCUUUCUUCCGCCUACGACCAGCUGAACGACCUCAUCUCUUGGGGUGAGUGGGACCUUGUCGACGCCAUUGUCCUCGGUAACGAGGCGAUCCAGGGCGGCGCCAUCGAUGCCAGCGGUCUCUCCGGAUUUGUCCAGGCCGGAAAGGCCGAGCUCGUCAAGGCCGGAUACACUGGCAUGGUUACCCUGGCUGAGACCCUUAACGUCUGGCAGCAGUAUGCUAGCACCCUGUGCGAUGUCGUCGACCAGCCCGUCGUCAACUCCUACGCCUACUUCAACGGUGCCAUCUCCGCCCUUGGUGCCGGUUCUUUCGUCAAGUCUGAGCUGGACGAGCUCAACGCCCUCUGCCCCGGCAAGAGUGACGGUUGGGUUGGUGAGUCUGGCUGGCCUAGCCAGGGUGACAGCCUUGGCGCUGCCAUUGCCAACACUGUCGAGCAGAGCAUCGCCAUCCUCGCCAUCGAGACCACGAUCGGCCACAAGGUCGCCUUCUUCGAGUAUGCUAACGAGGCGUGGAAGCCUGCCGGCUCUCUCGGCGUCGAGAAGUUCUGGGGCUGCUUCGACGUCUUCAGCUGGCUCCUGUAAGCGUUCAGUACUAUUGACGCGAGUCUAAUACCCUUUGUUGAGGACUUGGUCUCCCCCAGGAUGGCUCGGAGUUUUGGCACCUUUU